CCCGCAGGGUGGGUGCUGCAUUGCACCGCUCGGCGCGCAGCUGGUUCGCAGAGUGCACCGGGUGCAAGCCCGGGGGUCUAAAAGCGAGGGAGGAGCACACCCCGGGCUUUCCCAGCUUUGCAGCCUCCUCUCUGCAAAGAAGAAAAGCAAGUGGCUUUUGGCGCGAAAGCCUUGGCGCCUCCCCUGAUUUUUAUGGAAAUCAAGAGGGCGGGGUAAAGCCGCUUUCCUCUGCCUUUCUCCCUCCCCCUUGUCUGUGCCGCAGCCCCCUUCUCUCCCCGCCCCCCGGGUGUGUCAGAUUUUUCAGUUAAUAAUAUCCCCCGAGCUUCAAAGCGCAGCCAGUGACAGUCAUCUGUCUGGACGCGCUGGGUGGAUGCGGUGGGCUCCUGGGAACUGGGUUGGAGCCGAGCUAGCGCUAGCCAGGCGCAAGCGCGCACAGACUGCAGCCACCCGAGGACCACCAACCCCGGGCCACCCGGAGACCCCCGCGCAGAAUCGCCUCUGGAUCCCCGACUGUCGGCGGGAGUGUCGGAGAUUGGCGCGGGCCCCCGCCCUCCGCGCCCCCCACGGGAAGGAAGCACCCCCCUAACUAAAAGGAGCCGAGCGGAAAGAAGCCCUCAUUCGCCCGCCCGGAGGCGAGCCGAUGCCAAGCUGUACUGCGUCCACCAUGCCAGGGAUGAUCUGCAAGAACCCAGACCUUGAGUUUGACUCGCUGCAGCCCUGCUUCUACCCGGACGAAGAUGACUUCUACUUCGGCGGCCCCGACUCGACCCCCCCGGGGGAGGACAUCUGGAAGAAGUUCGAGCUGCUGCCCACGCCCCCGCUGUCGCCCAGUCGUGCCUUCCCGGAGCACAGCCCCGAGCCCCCGAACUGGGCCACCGAGAUGCUGCUGCCCGAGGCCGACCUGUGGGGCAACCCGGCCGAGGAGGACGCGUUCGGCCUGGGGGGCCUGGGCGGCCUCACUCCCAACCCGGUCAUCCUCCAGGACUGCAUGUGGAGCGGCUUCUCCGCCCGCGAGAAGCUGGAGCGCGCCGUGAGCGAGAAGCUGCAGCACGGCCGCGGGCCCCCGGCUGCCGGUCCCGCGGCCCCGGCCCCGGGAGCGGGCGCCACCAGCCCUGCGGGCCGCGGGCACUGUGCGGCGGCGGGGGCGGGCCGCGCCGGGGCCGCCCUGCCCGCGGAGCUCGCCCACCCGGCCGCCGAGUGCGUGGAUCCCGCCGUCGUCUUCCCCUUCCCGGUGAACAAGCGCGAGCCCGCGCCCGCCGCUCCCGCCGGUGCCCCGGCGGCCGGCGCUGCUGCGGUCGCUUCGGGGGCGAGUGCCGCGGCCUCGGCCGGCGCCCCGGCGGCCGUCCCCCCGCGCCCCGGCGGCCGUCCGGCCAGUGGCGGUGACCACAAGGCUCUCAGCACCUCCGGAGAGGACACCCUGAGCGACUCAGAUGAUGAUGAUGACGAAGAGGAAGACGACGAGGAGGAAAUCGACGUGGUGACCGUGGAGAAGCGGCGGUCCUCCUCCAACAGCAAGGCCGUCACCACCUUCACCAUCACUGUGCGUCCCAAGAACGCAGCCCUGGGCCCUGGGAGGGCCCCUCCGGGGGAGCUGAUCCUCAAGCGCUGUGUCCCCAUCCACCAGCAGCACAACUAUGCCGCCCCGUCGCCCUACGUGGAGAGCGAGGACGUGCCGCCCCAGAAGAAGAUCAAGAGCGAAGCAUCGCCCCGCCCCCUCAAGAGCGUCAUCGCCCCCAAGGCCAAGAGCUUGAGUCCCCGCAACUCCGACUCGGAGGACAGCGAGCGCCGCCGGAACCACAACAUUCUGGAGCGCCAGCGCCGGAACGACCUGCGCUCCAGCUUCCUCACGCUCAGGGACCACGUGCCAGAGCUGGUGAAGAACGAGAAGGCCGCCAAGGUGGUCAUUUUGAAAAAGGCCACCGAGUACGUCCACUCCCUCCAGGCCGAGGAGCAUCAGCUUUUGCUGGAGAAGGAGAAGUUGCAGGCCAGGCAGCAGCAGUUGCUAAAGAAGAUCGAACACGCUCGGACUUGCUAAACGUUUCUCGAAACUGGACAGUCACUCUGCCACUUUGCACAUUUUGAUUUUUUUUUUUUAAACAAACAUUGUGUUGACAUUAAGAAUGUUGGUUUACUUUCAGAUCGGUCCCCCGUCGAGUUUGGAUCUGGGUGGGGAGCAGGACAUGUGGGGGUUCUGCGCGAUGGGAUGCUUGGGUGGCCGUCGCCGUGUCCUCCCUGGCCCCUCCGAGACCGUGGUUGGAGUUUGUGACCGUUGGGAGCCUCUGGGCUGUUGAAGUCACCUUGUUUGUUCCAAGUUUCCAAACAACAGAAAGUCAUUCCUUCUUUUUAAAAUGGUGCUUAAGUUCCAGCAGAUGUCACAGAAGGGGUUUGCCAUUGGAUACCCCCUGGGGAACAUUUCUGUAAAUACCAUGGACACACCCGCCUUUUGUAUACAUCCUGGGUAAUGAGAGGUGGCUUUUGCGGCCAGUAUUAGACCGGAAGUUCAUACCUAAGUACUGUAAUACCUCAAUGUUUGAGGAGCAUGUUUUGUAUACAAAUAUAUUGUUAAUCUCUGUUAUGUACUGUACUAAUUCUUACACUGCCUGUAUACUUUAGUAUGAUGCUGAUACAUAACUAAAUUUGAUACUUAUAUUUUCGUAUGAAAAUGAGUUGUGAAAGUUUUGAGUAGAUAUUACUUUAUCACUUUUUGAACUAAGAAACUUUUGUAAAGAAAUUUACUAUAUAUAUAUGCCUUUUUCCUAGCCUGUUUCUUCCUGUUAAUGUAUUUGUUCAUGUUUGGUGCAUAGAACUGGGUAAAUGCAAAGUUCUGUGUUUAAUUUCUUCAAAAUGUAUAUAUUUAGUGCUGCAUCUUAUAGCACUUUGAAAUACCUCAUGUUUAUGAAAAUAAAUAGCAAUUAAAUGA